UUAGAAUCAAAGAAUUUAUAUACAUACAUGUAAGAAAAGCAAAAAUGUCAGAUGAUAUCAGGAAAAGGUUUGAAUUUCCAAAUUCUCUUAUCCAGUCACAGGCUGUGGGUCAUCUUAUUGCUGCAGUCCUAAAGGAAAAUGGUUAUUCAGAAAAAAUCCACCAGUCUACAAACCAGACUCCUGCUUUGAACUUGCUGUGGGAAAAGUGUUGCAGUGACAACGUGGUGGUUCGAACAGCCUGCUGUGAGGGUUUGGUGGCACUUGUUGCUCAGGAUCAUGCGGAAUUCAGCUAUGUUCUCAAUGGGAUACUCAACCUGAUUCCCUCGACCAGGAAUACCCAUGGCUUGAUAAAAGCCAUUGUGAAAUUAUUACAAAUGCAAGCUCUUAAGGAAGGACAAGGUGGGGAGAAGAAUAUUCAGGAUAUAUAUACUAUUAGGUUUUGUGUGAGACUCAGAGUCAGCAUGUUUAUCCAGCUGCUCAGCGAUAUGAACAUAGGUCAUUUGUGGACCACAUUUGAGACAUACUGCUUUAGCCCCUGGGAGCUUGACAUUACCACAGCUAAUCACUAUGUGAAUUACAGGUCAGAGAUUCCAUGUGUCCAAAUAAUGGCACCAUUUCUAUGGUAUUUAUAUUGUGAACCAUCCCAGUUACAAGAAUAUGCUAAACUUCGACUAGCCCUGCUAAAAGUCUUACUUCAACCCUCCGUUCUUUGUGAGAAAGAACAACCAUCAGUAUUGGAACAACACAUACUUCAACUGUGUUGUGACAUGGUUCCGUGUUUGCAGGACUUUCCUGUUGAACUGGUCUUAAGUGGAAUAGCUUUACUUCUUCUGCAGACUCCAGCAAGUCAACAGAGGCCGAUCUUAAGUCUAGCUUUGAAGCUCCUCUCUUUUGCUGAGGGUCAGAAAAUCCCAAAGUCAUCCCUGCUGCUGGUAAUGCCAGUUCUGCAGAUUUUAUCGUCUACUGCCUUGGAAGACUGUAUAUCUGUGGAUGAAGAAGGGCCCUCUAGGCAGCAGUUGGCUGUAAACCUUUUGGAAAUGGUACAGCAGGAGUGCUACAGAGACGACAGCCAAAAGGUUCCAAGUCUGAUUCCACUUUUGAUGUUCAAAUUAGGAAGACCACUGGAACCUGUAUCGUACAAUGAUAUCUUGUAUACUUUACCUACUCUCGGUGUUCACAAGGUGUGCAUAGGACAAAUUCUACGAGUAAUCCAACUGCUUGGAACCACCCCACAGCUAAGAGCUGUCACUUUGCGCUUGUUGACAUCUUUGUGGGAAAAACAGGAUCGUGUCUAUCCUGAGCUGCAGCGGUUCAUGGCCAUGUCUGAUGUGCCUUCUCUGUCUGUGGGCAGGGAGGUCCAGUGGGAGAAACUAAUCGCGAAAGCAGCAUCGAUCAGAGAUAUAUGUAAGCAAAGACCAUAUCAGCAUGGUGCUGAUAUGUUGGCAGCUAUUUCUCAGGUGUUAAACGAAUGCACUAAAUCUGAUCAAGCUACUCCAGCAGCCUUGGUGUUACAAGGUCUUCAUGCGCUCUGUCAAGCUGAGGUUGUUUGUAUUCGCUCUACUUGGAAUGCUCUCUCCCCAAAACUGAGUUGUGACACGAGACCUCUCAUUUUAAAGACCCUCAGUGAACUCUUUUCUCUGGUUCCUUCCUUAACAGUCAAUACAGCUGAAUAUGAGAAUUUUAAAGUUCAAGUCCUCAGCUUCCUCUGGACUCAAACUCAAAACAAGGACCCAGUUGUAGCAAAUGCUGCAUAUAAAUCUCUGUCACAGUUUAGCGCAGGGGAGCACACCAUUCUUCAUCUGCCUGAAAAGAUAAGACCAGAAAUUCCUGUUUCUGAUGAGCUAGAUGAAGAAGAAGAUGAUGAGGGUGAUGAAAAGGAAGUGGACCUUUCAAUUCCUGGUUUUUGCUAUCUCAAACUGUUGUCACUUACUGCUCCUUCAGUUUUACCAGCUUUGGAGGAAUUUUUUACAUCACUUGUGAAACAAGAAAUGGUGAAUAUGCCCCGUGGGGUGUAUCACUCUGCAUUAAAAGGAGGUGUCCGUUCAGAUCAAGGAAAGACUAUUGCAGGAAUCCCCAAUUUUAUGUUGAAAAUGUAUGAAACAAACAAGCAACCAGGAUUGAAACCUGGCCUUGCCGGUGGCAUGUUAUUUUGUUACGAUAUUUCAAUGUAUCAGAGUAAAGAUGGCAAACCAUUGAAUCGAUUGAUGGCCAGUAGAGGGCGAAGUUUCAAGCAGACAUCACUUGCUCUUGUGCAUGAGGUUCACAUUCAGCUCUUGGAGUGGCACCGUGCAGUAUUUCUCCCACAGGCCUGGCUUGCAUAUAUGAAUCGAGCAUAUCAUGCCAUUUUACAGGGAAGAAUAGCAGAGUUGGAGUUACAGUUAAAACACGGAAAAGAAGGACCUGAGGAGGUGCAGUACAAGAAAAGCACAGCCUGGCUCUGGGUCAGAGACAUGUUGACUGAUGAGAUCACCAAGGCAGCUGCAAAGGACAGCCCAGUGGUCAAAGGGAACGCACUGUUAGCCUUAAGUAGCCUUGCUGUUGUCGUAUCCAAACAUGAAGCCAGCCUCUCCUCAGACUCGGAUGAGGCCCUGGAGAUUCAACCUAACUUCCUUUCAAUGAAAGAGUGGGUUUCCAUGGUGCUUGAUACCCUCCUGGUAAUUGUGGAUAGUCAUUACCAACCCCGAGGACAACUCUUCUCCUGGUUUUAUUAUAAAUCCUAUUCCGGUGAAAACACAGCUAGUGCCAUUGCCCGUUCUGCUGCCGCCACGGCUUUGUCUCUCCUCGUGCCAGUUUUCAUUAUCUCUUGCAAAGAGAAGGUUGAGGAAAUCCUGAACAUGCUGACUGCCAGGUUACCUGGGAAACCAAGUGCUGACGAGUCUCAGGCCGUGCAAAUCCACAUGGGCCUUGCUUUGGGGAUGUUUCUCUCUCGUUUGUGUGAGGAGAAACUCAGUGAUAUAUCUGGCCAACAGAUGAACCUUCUUCUCAUGAAGUCUUUGAAUGCUCUGGAAAAUUGCUGCUUCGACACCAGUCUUGAAUACAACACGGGCUGUAUACUGGGAGUUGGACUUGUUCUGUGUCUGAUGAGCCACAGCAGCCACACGGAAUCCCGGGUCCACGUGGCAGCAUCGCUUCGAAAGCUCUCUACAUACCUAGAUGACAGUGGGAGCCAGAGCAGAACGUUUCAGGAGGUCCUUGCCUAUACCCUUAGCUGUGUAUGUACGUCAGCGUUCAGUGCUGGAAUUAUCGAGGCAGCAGAGGCUGAAGAUAUUAUGAAUAAACUUCGGCUGUUAGUAGAGAACAACCAGCAGACUUCAGGUUUUGCCCUGGCAUUAGGAAAUAUAGUUCAUGGUUUGUCUGUGUGUGGACACGGAAAAGCUGAAGACUUGGGCAACAAACUGCUUCCUGCCUGGAUCAGAAUUGUUCUAUCAGAGGGCACUCCCACGAUGCUUUGUCUGGCAGCUCUUCAUGGCAUGGUGGCCUUGGUAGGCUCUGAAGGGGAUGUAAUACAGCUGAAGUCAGAAGCCAUCCAGACCUCUGAGUUUCAAGGCAGACUUAAUGAAGUCAUUAGAACCUUAACUCAGGUCAUCAGUGUCUCUGGGAUGAUCGGCCUUCAGUCAAAUGCAAUCUGGCUUCUAGGACAUCUUCAUCUAUCUACUCUCUCCUCAAAUCAAAGUAGAAGCUCUGUUCCUACUGACUAUAGCUAUUUGCCUGAAAGCAGUUUUAUGAGAGCAGCCAUUGGCUUCUUCGUUACGGGAGGAAAAAAAGGUCCUGAGUCUGUACCUCCUUCCCUUCUUAAAGUAGUGAUGAAGCCCAUAGCAACUGUUGGAGAAAACUACCAAUUCCCUCCUGUGAACUGGGCUUCACUCCUCUCACCACUGAUGAGACUAAACUUUGGUGAAGAGAUACAGCAACUGUGCCUUGAAAUUAUGGUGACCCAGGCACAGUCAUCACAGAAUGCAGCUGCUCUGCUGGGCUUGUGGACAAUGCCACCACUAAUCCAUGGUCUGAGUCUGAAUAUCAAGAAAUACCUCCUGGUAUCUGCACCUCUGUGGAUAAAACAUGUCUCUGAGGAACAGCUCCUGGCUUUUGUUGAAAACUUAAUGGUGGCAGUUUUUCAAGCUGCUCCCCGCAUUUCAAGUACUGAGUUAUGUCAGAAUUCCUUACAGGGUCUAAGCCAGGCCAUGAAACUGCCCAGCCCUGCCCACCACCUCUGGAGUCUGCUCUGUGAUGCUGUUGGGAAAAUUUUUGACCUUCUGCCAAAUAAGAUUCGGAGAAAUGAUAUAGAGCUGUAUAUCAGUGUAGCAAAAUGCCUCUUGGAAAUGACAGAUGACAACAUCAAUCGAGUUGCCCAGAUUACUAAGAGCAACAUAGAAAAGGCUGCCUUUGUCAAACUGUACUUAAUCUCUCAAGGACGAUUCCCCUUGAUGCACUUGUCUGAUGUGCUCAGUGUCGCUGUGCAGCACCAGGAGAGGGAGACACUGGCCUGGAUGAUACUGCACAGCUUAUACCAGGCGCGGAUCGUGAGCCAUGCCAACACAGGCGUGUUGAAGCGAAUGGAGUGGCUCUUGGAAAUGAUGGGUUAUAUUAGAAGUGUUGCUUACCAGUCAACAUCUGUUCAGAAUGUGGCUCUUGAUAAGGCCCUGGACUUCUUGUUGUUGAUAUUUGCAGCAGCAGUCGUUGCGUGGGCAGACCAUGCAGCCCCUCUUCUCCUUGGCCUCAGUGCCAGCUGGUUGCCAUGGCAUCUUGGCUCAGCUGGGUCAGCACCCAGCUUCCUUGGCAGGAGUCCCAUGCACAGGGUCAUUCUGGAGGAGGUUCUCACUCUCCUUCCUAGUAGCAUGCCUCUUCUGCUGCAGAAGGAGCCAUGGAAGGAGCAGACUCAGAAGUUCAUUGACUGGCUAUUCAACAUCAUGGAAGCCCCCAAAGAAGCCCUUUCAGCAAAAUCCAGGAAUCUGUUAAAAGCCACCCUCCUGUCCUUGAGAGUUCUCCCAGAGUUUAAGAAGAAAGCUGUAUGGACCAGAGCAUAUGGUUGGUGAUCGGUUUUACAGUAGCCAGCAGCAUUCUCAGUUGGAUGAAGAAAACCACAGAGAUGGAAGGAGUUUUUCAGAAUUCAUGUGUAGGAUCGCUGAGACAUGACACAGAGAGUUAUGGGUCAUGAAAGGGUGGCCGCAUAACUGACAGCUUGAUCUGUGCUGUCAGGAGAGGGGUGCAUUGCUUCAGUACCCAGGCCAGUUGAGACUGAAACAGGAACUUGAAUGUUUUUAUUUGGCUACAGUUCAAUCAGAAGAUUUUCUUUGGGAAAACUUGACAGUAUAUAACUUCCUCCCUCCUAAAUUCUAGUAAAAUAAUCUUGU